AUGAAACUUUCAUGUUCAAAAAGGUAUCAACAUUCAAUCACAAUGGCCUUAAAGCGUAUCAAUAAAGAAUUACAAGAACUUGAAAAAGAUCCACCAGCAAAUUGUUCAGCUGGACCAGUUAACGACGAUAUGUUUCAUUGGCAAGCAACAAUAAUGGGGCCGGGUGAAUCUCCAUUUCAAGGUGGUGUUUUCUUUUUAUCAAUUCACUUUCCAGCUGAUUAUCCGUUUAAACCACCCAAAAUAACGUUUACAACAAAAAUCUAUCAUCCAAAUAUAAACUCAAACGGUGCAAUAUGUUUGGAUAUCCUACGAUCUCAAUGGUCUCCAGUUAAAGACGAUAUGUUUCAUUGGCAAGCAACAAUAAUGGGGCCGGGUGAAUCUCCAUUUCAAGGUGGCGUUUUCUUUUUAUCAAUUCACUUUCCAGCUGAUUAUCCGUUUAAACCACCCAAAAUAACGUUUACAACAAAAAUCUAUCAUCCAAAUGUAAACUCAAACGGUGUAAUAUGUUUGGAUAUCCUACGAUCUCAAUGGUCUCCAGAACAAAAGUCACCAUCAAUAAUGAUCACCUUAAUAUCUCAUUUAACCGAUUACUUUGAAACAUUAAAACAAUCCAAAACAACUGAUCCAAGCGGUGUUAAUUUUUCAUUUGUACUUGAUUUUGAAAAACAUUAUGAUCGUUUAGAUACAUUGAAUUAUUCAAUGUUACGAGAUUUAAAAACAUUUAUGAUGGAAAGAUGGCAUAAUUCAUUUUUCUAUGCUAUAGCCUAUUUAUUUCUCAUUUAUACUGGUCAUAUCUAUAUGAAAACACGACCACGUUUUGAAUUACGUCCUGCUUUGGCUUCAUGGAAUAUCUUGUUAGCAUUAUUUUCUAUACUUGGUGCAAUUCGUGUUAUACCAGAAUUAGUUUAUGUUUUAUACAAAUAUGGUUUCACCUAUUCAAUAUGUAAUAAUUCUAAUGCUUUUGGUGUUACGGGAUUUUGGACAUGGGCUUUUUGUUUUGCAAAAUUACCCGAGCUACUAGACACAGUAUUUAUUGUUCUGAGAAAACAACCACUCAUAUUUCUACAUUAUUAUCAUCAUGCCACUGUUCUUAUAUAUUGUUGGUAUUCAUAUCACGAUUUAACGGCCAGUGGAAGAUGGUUUUGUUCAAUGAAUAGUCUUGUACAUGCUAUAAUGUACACAUAUUAUGCAUUAAGAGCAUUAAGGUUUAAAAUUCCACGUCAUGUAUCAAUGUUAAUUACAUUAUUACAGUUGUCACAAAUGAUUGUUGGAUGUUAUAUUAAUUUGAAAAUAUGGGAUAUUAAAAACAAUGGUGAAACAUGUCAAGUCAGUGAUGAUAAUCUAAAAUAUUCAAUGGUUAUGUAUGCCACUUACUUCUUGUUAUUUGCGCACUUUUUUGCUGGUGCCUAUAUUAAACCGUCAUCAUCAACAAAAAAAGGAAAACAAUUGGAAAACAAUGAAAAUGACAAGAUAAAAUCAGAAUAA